CUCACUCCUCCCUCUCUCCAGCAGUGUUAUGUUAAGUAGCUGGUCUGCUUUCUGUCUGUGGCUGUACUCCUUGGGUUUCAAUUCCAAACAUGGUUAUCUUUCUAGGGGUCUCUCUCUCUCUCUCUCUCUCUCUCUCUCUGCUGCCAACUGUGAGCACUCCAGAGCAAACAAAUGGGUGAGGAGAAAUAGAAAAUCUAUAGUCAGACAAAUCAUUGAAGGGACGAGAGGGAGGGAGAGACGCACAAUGUGAGAAAUCCAUUCCAAUUGUGUUUACGGUGUAAUAACUGAAUAAAGACACAUCGUGUACUCCAGCCAGUAAGGGAAAAGGGAACAAUCUUUUUCAACGUUUUCUCAGCUUUGACUGAACUUUUGAGAAAUAGACCAACUCCAGUGACAAUUGUUCAGUUUCACUGAUAAAGCAACCAAAAACUUCAAGAUUUAGUGGAGGACAACCUUUUUCUACCAGCUUUGACCUCUGGUGUCUUUUGUCAACUUUGGAAUAUAACACAUUUUUAAAACUUAUUGAACAACUAGAUGUUUGGUUUGGAAUAACAGCCUCCCUUACCAUGUGUGCAGACAACUCCACCCUGUUGGAGGCGGUUUUCUACGGCCAUCCACCAUGCGAUGGCUGGACCAACAACACUGAGGGGGCCUUCUACCACCUGGGCAACACCGUCUUGUUCCUUGGGUACAUGGGAGGCAGCGGCGCCUAUGGCUGCCUUUUCAUAUUUGGUUUCCUGACGAUUGCCUUCACCUGCCUGGCCUUGUGGGGCUGGAUGACCAUGUGUGGGGUGGAUGUGUUCACCUGGAACUUGCUACUGCUGGUGGCCUGUGUGCUCCAGAUCUGCCACCUCGUAUACAGGCUGCAACAGGAUGGCCUGGCCAGCGAGGAGCUGUUGGCCCUCUACUCAGCCGUCUACCAGCCCCUGGAUGUUCCCGUACAGGUGUUCAAAGAUAUUGUGGGGGCCUGUGAGAACAAAGUGCUAGCACUAGGGGUAGAGGAGACGUAUGCGGUAGAGGGCAAGACGCCCAUCGACCAGCUCUCCUUUCUGCUGUCUGGGAGGAUCCGUGUGUCUCUGGAUGGACAAUUCCUCCAUUACAUCUUCCCCCACAAGUUCCUGGACUCUCCUGAGUGGGAGUCUCUCCGACCCAACGAAGAGGGGAACUUUCAGGUGACCCUGACAGCGGAGACGGACUGCCGCUACAUCUCAUGGCGUCGGUGCCGCCUUUACAUGCUUCUGUCCAAGGAGCGCUACAUUGCCCGCCUCUUCUCCAUCAUGCUGGGCAGCGACAUCGCCGACAAGCUCUACUCACUCAACGACAAGCUCUUCGCGAAGAGCGGCGUGCGCCUCGACAUCCGAUUGCCCAGCCUCUACCACGUCCUGGCCCCCUCCUCCCUGGGCAGCGAGGGGGAGGUCUAUAGCGGCAGUGGUAGUGGGAGUGCCAGGGACCAGGUAGCCCCAGUGGAACAGCAGGAAGCAGCAGUGGUAGAUGUGGACCCGGUUCCAGCCUACCAGAGGUCAGAGCCUCCAACACCCCCAACCCCCCGGCUGCAGAUCCGAGAGAAGACCCCCACCCCAUCUCGGCCAACCCCCCGCCAACCAUCCCAGCGCCAGCCCUCAGACAUGGAGAUGCCAUCUGGUGAGGACUCUACCAGCCUGGUCCUAGAAGACUUUGCGGAUAUGACCGGGUCCUUAAUGGAUUAUGGGAGUGAGAGGGAUUAUUUGAGGUAGAUAGCAGGUUGCUGGAGCUAACACACUGGGCCACUACUUAAGAUACAUUUGAUUCCACAGGAGAGGAAACCACUGGGAGUCUACCAUUGCGAUACCAGAGAGGGAGAGCUCCCUUAGCCCCUACCGGACACCUCUAUGCUGUGAUGGUUUCAACCAGAUUGGAAACAGUGGACACGUUCCAGGAAAUCUUUUUACAGUCAGGCUAUGCAGAUUAUCAGAUGUCCCAACUCCUGGCAAAGUGUUUAACAUCUCAGGAACCACAUUAAUAUCAUUUAGCAUUCUUCUGAGAUGAGCAGUGCGACUGCAAAAAAUAUGACUUGGAACACAACCAUCACUGCCCUGGGUGGAAUCAGACCUCCCCAACACCAAAUCCCACUAUCUCACCUUACCUCACUUCCUCUGGUGUCAUCUGUGCGUGACAAUAUAGGAAAGAGUGAAACCCUGGACACUGGAAAGAAUUAUGUUAUAAAUCUGAAUAUAUUAGUUAAGGUCACAUACCUCUUUUUAUUAUUUCACUCACAUGUCUCCCAUUCAUCUGGAUGGAAAGCCUUUUGAUGUGGAUAUUGUGUUAGAUAGGUUUAUGAUUCAACAUUAAAGCAAUCAUGUGUAUUUUAUUUUUUAACAACCGAGGUUGGGUUGGCUAGCUAGGGGCACGUUAAUCGUGUUUGUUUGUGCAGACAUAAUCUGAGAGAAUAAAGUUUGACAGACAGCAUGCUAGAAAGGGAUUUAUCUUCAUACUCACAUUUUCCAAAACACAAUUCCAAAUUGAACAGGCAUUUGUUUAUGUGAAUGUGAGAUGUCUCACACAUUGUACAUUUAUUUAGUCAUUAACAUAGAACAAGAGUGUUAUGUUUUUGUAAAUAAAAAUGGGACUACAUAUACAUAUAUUUUCAUGGGGCCAAUGUUUCUUGAUAAAGCUCUUGGUGAAAA